AGCAGGAAAUGAUGGAAGAACCUACGGUUUCUUCUGCCAGCGAGUUCGACUUGGCGAACAUUCGCGAAGAAGAAUUCGAACUGCAUACCACCUAUAUAGUUCCAGAUCUUCCUGUCGAUCCUGGAACGCCGAAUCGAGCAGAAGCUACUCUUCCAAGAAAUCUCGUUCUCAAGUCUUCCCAAGUAGUUGCUAACGCUCAAGGUGUUUGGAGUACAGGAUACAUUCCACGAGGCACAAGGUUUGGGCCUUUAGUGGGAGAAAUAUAUGCCAAAGAUGCUGUACCUAGUUCCACCAAUAGAAAUUACUUAUGGAGGGUGCAAGUGGGAGAGGGAUUCUAUAGAUUUAACGGCCGUGAUAAUAAGCUUUACAAAGAUAACGAACUGUAUUACUACAUAGACGGAUUUGACACUUCCAAAGCCAACUGGAUGCGUUACGUGAACCCUGCUUAUUCGGGUGAAUCCCAGAAUCUCAUCGCCUGCCAAUACAAGAUGAACAUAUACUUCUACACGAUCAAACCGAUUUUACCUAACCAGGAAUUGUUGGUUUGGUAUUGCAAGGAGUUUGCCGAGAGACUGAACUAUCCCUUGAGCGGCGAACAGAUGUUACGGAGAUUAAGGCAACAAGCUCAACAAGCAUCUGAGAUAACCGUCAGUACUACGGAACCUCCUCCUUCUAAGGAACCACCGUAUGAGCAUCAGCUGACUCCGACGGAAGGCAGUGUACGAUCUGACGAAGGGUACCACAGCAAUGAGUACCACGAUGACGUUUUUACACCUCCAGAAGAUUCCAGUGACUCUGACAGUGAAAACAACUACGUUCUUGAUUUUAGCAAGAAGACUCCUAAGGAAACUACUGUUAUCAAACCAGUUUCUCCUGAAAAUCAUAAAAAUGAGUACAGGAAAGUAAAAAUUAAGAUAACGAAAGCUUAUCACUAUAAAUCGGUGAAGAGCGAAAGUGAACCUGAUGUUGAAAAAGACUUAACUAUGGAUGCUGCAGUACCUGAAGUAACAACACUAACCCCAAGAAUUAUCACUCCUCCGACGACUGUCAUUGUGAUGGAUUCUCCACCUCAAGAAGUUCCUAAUAAACCUUAUUAUGAAACUGAAGUUAAGAAUACUAACGUUAUAUCGAGAUACAGUCCUCCAUCGUCAAGCAUUUUGGAAAAUAUUCUUUUAAGAAAUAGAAUAGAUACUAAUAAUAACGAUAAUCAUAAUAGACAGAGCAAUGCAACCCCACCUCCCAGUUCACCGACGGAAAUGGCUUAUUCCUACAAGAAAAGUCACAGGUAUUCUACUCUACCUUGCAGUCCGGAUUCCAGCUCCAACGUUCAGGUACAGAAUAUGAUGCCUCCUAGUCCAGCAACCUUGAAAUCAGAAGUACAAAAUAACACUUAUGUCCCACAUCCUACGGACAACUAUCACAGCACGAUCCAGUCAACAAACUAUUACAGUGUGUACCCUUCUCCAAAUGGUAUUGUUCACAGUACCAUAACAUCAUCUCCAACACACACAUACUCGCCUCCAAUAACAAGCAACUUCAGCAAUAAUCAUCACAACAAUGGUACAAAUUUGAUCGUUCCGACAAGUCAUAUUGUCAGCUCUAAUUUAACGCAUCACUUAUUGACACCUUUACCAGCUUUGCAAAUUAACGGAAGAAUGUCUCCUGGUUGCAAAAGUCCCGACGGGAAGUAUGAUCUGAAUUUAUGUUCAAGUAACCCAACAAGUCCCAACGGUGGACCUUCAAGAGGUUAUAGGAGCUUACCCUAUCCGCUUAAGAAGAAAGAUGGAAAAAUGCACUACGAAUGUAACGUGUGUUGCAAGACUUUUGGUCAGUUAUCAAAUUUGAAAGUUCACUUACGAACGCAUAGUGGAGAGCGACCAUUUAAAUGCAAUGUUUGCACGAAAUCGUUCACUCAAUUAGCGCACCUUCAAAAGCAUCACUUGGUUCACACCGGAGAGCGACCUCACGAAUGCGGGAUUUGCAAAAAGAGGUUCUCCUCGACAUCUAAUCUUAAAACUCAUCUUAGGCUGCACAGUGGACAGAAACCUUACGCUUGCGACUUCUGCCCUGCUAAGUUCACGCAAUUUGUGCACCUGAAGCUUCACAAGAGACUGCAUACUAAUGAGAGACCAUACAUCUGUCAAGAGUGUGGGAAAAAUUACAUUAGUGCAUCUGGGCUGAGAACGCAUUGGAAGACGACCAGUUGCAGGCCAAACAACAUUGAUGAAGAACUGAAUGGGGAUGGAUCUUCGAACGGAUACUAUGAUUUUGCGGGAUCUGACGCUGGUUUAGGACCCAUCGAGUUAAAAGAUGGUUCGGAAGAUCCGAAAGAACCGUACGAGAUUCACACCUCUCAGCCGCAAGUAAGUCACACAGUGCUUCAUCCUGGUCUUUCCAGGCCGCUUCCAUCUCUAAUUCAGAACGGGGCUCACCAGAGAGCGCCACCGAACUCUAUUCACACUGGAAAAGAGACCAGACCUAGUGUCAUAGAGUCUUCGCAGCCCCACAUCAUUGAAUGUACCUAG